AAAAAGAGACCAAAAUCUUACUAUAAGAAAUGUGCCAACAUAAAAAGAAAGAGAUUAAAUCAGCUAGAAAGUGGAAUGAGAGGCUAUAUUGUUACUUGUGACAGAGAAAAAGAAGCCACUAGAGAGGCAUAUAAUUUAUUAAAUGAUUUUGCUGAUCAGUUGUAUGGUGCAGAAAAGGAAGAUUUAGAAGCAGCUAUGAAAAAGGAAGUUGAUGCCAUGAAAGAAACAAAACCUGUUCAACGCAGAUUUCAAAGACUUGAUAGCAGAACUAAAAACUGUUUGUUCAUUAAAACUGAUUUAGAAAAUCCAGCAGAAGUGACCAAUAAAAUUUUUGAAAAUUUGUUGGAAACUAAAACACAACGAACACGAUUUGCAAUGAAACUAAUGCCAGUGGAUGUUACAUGUAAGGCAGUGAAUGAAGAAAUUCUAAAAACAGGAAAAGAUUUAUUUGAAAAACAUUUUUCAACGCCGUUUGGUGAAGGACGUUCUUAUUCUAUUGUAUUCAAGGCUCGAAAUAACAACAGCAUCAAACGGGAUGAUUUGAUUCCACCAUUAAGUCAUUAUGUUGGGGAAUUAAAUCCUGCUCAUACUGUAGAACAUAACAAUCCAGACUUUGUCAUUUCUGUCCAGAUACUGUGUACUGUUUGUUGCAUCAGUAUUUUAAAGAAUUUUAACAAAUUUAGAAAAUAUAAUCUGCAUGAAGUUGUCAAAACCGUAGAAAAUUCUGUCGAUAAAACUGUUGGAGAUGCUGUUAACAAACCUGAUGGUGCUGAUGUGAAACAAAUUGAUGCAACAUCUGUCAAACAAACUGAAGGAGAUGAAGUCAACAAAACUGAUGAUACAAAACAAACUGAUGGUGCCGAGUUGAAACAAUGUGAUGCAACAAGUGAAACUGAUUCUGUUGUUGCUCAAUCUGGUUGUGGUGAUGUUGUUAAAGACACUAGUGAUGCUUCUGUGAAAAAAAUCUGA